CAGCUCCAGCCCCGGCCCGCAGGCUCCCCCCGGGGCAUGAACUGAGGACGGCGUGAGCCCAGGCUGGGCUUCGGGGGCACGCUGGGAGCAGCCCCGGCCAAGAAGGGGCCAUGGGUGAUCACUGCCCAACAGGCCUUUGCAGCGCCCAGGCAGCUCUGCACAAACGGCAGCCACGGGCGCUAUCCGCCGCCCUUGCGGACUGCCUCUCGGCCGGCCGGGACGGAAGAGACGUCAGGCAGGAGGAGGAGACUGAGGCAGGAGCCGGCUGUGCUAGCCCAGCCUCCCCAGAGCCUUCCUGCAGCUCCAGGAGGAGGAGGAGGAGGGCUCAGGGUGCACGUACGCUUCGGAGGUGGGGAGAGCGUGCAAAGGCCUCACCCAGAGAAGGAGGCUGCCUUCAUCUCCGCUGGGUUUGCUUUGUGUCCCUCACCAGUCUGUGGUUGCCCCCCUUGCCUUGAGGAAACAGCAUGGCCAAGAAGCGCAAAGGUUCCUUGCAGCAAGAGGCUAGCAGCAAGAAAUUCAAGGCAGAGCCUGCUGCAGCAGCCACCAGGGCCCUCCAAACUCUCAGGCAAGAAGGAGAGGAUAAUUUUGAAGGAGAAAAGCCCAGUCUGAAGAAAUGUCUCUCAAAAGUUCCUGCUGGAAAUAAAAAGAAGAAAAAAGAUUGUGACACUGGAAUUCAUAGACUGCCAGGUAGAUCUUCAAGGCAAAAAGGAGCAAAGUCAACAGUGAAGGAGGAAAAUAACAUAGCUGUGAAAAAUGAAGGGAAUCUUAAAGAGGAAAUGUGCAGUGCUUUACCAAGCUCCCCUCAAAAGGAGAUGACUUUGAAAAGAAAAUCAGCUAUUAAAAAAGAAAUAGAUGACGAUGAAGAUGAUGAUGGUGAUGAAAGUGAGGAUGAGUGGGAAGAUGUGGAAGAACUCGAAGAGAAAUCAGGCGAAGCUGCUGCACUUCCUGCACUAGUGCUGCCCAGCAAACCAGUUGAGAUAGAGAUUGAAACACCAGAGCUGGCAAAGAAAAGAGAGAGAAGAGAGAAAAGAAAAGCCGAGUUCGAGACCUAUCUGCGGAGAAUGAUGAAACGCUUCAACAAGGAGGUUCAUGAAGAUACACAUAAGGUUCACCUACUGUGUUUGCUAGCAAAUGGUUUCCAUAGGAACAGGGUCUGCAACCAGCCAGAUCUCCAGGCUAUUGGCCUUUCCAUCAUCCCCACCCACUUCACUAAAGUGCCUGCAGGUCGUGUAGACCUUCUCUACCUCUCCAACUUGGUGAAAUGGUUUGUUGCAACCUUCACUAUCAACACUGAACUCUCUGUUGAUGAUCGAGAGAGCCUCCAGUCCACUUUAGAGAGGCGCUUUGCCAUCUACGCCGCAAGAGAUGAUGAAGAGUUGGUCCAUAUAUUUUUACUUAUUCUACGAGCGUUACAGCUGAUGUGCCGGCUUGUGCUGUCUCUGCAACCCAUUCCCCUGAAACAGCCAGCAGGAAAGGGCAAGAGCUCCUUGAAAAAGCAUUCUGCCAAAACCCCUAAGGCUCCAUCAAGAAAAAGCUCCUGCAAACAAGCCAAACAGGAGGAGAUGUCGGGGAGUGAAGGCGCUGACAGGAAAGGAAAUGUCUCUGUAACCAAAAGGUCAAGUAAAUCAAAGGUAGUCAAGGGUGGCCAGGAACAAAAGGAAACCAGCGACGGUGAGAGCUAUCUGGAGGAAGAGGUAGGAACACACAGGCCCAGAAACAGUUGCCGACGAAGAGCGACUGUGAAAGUGUCUUACAAAGAGGAGAGUGGAAGUGAUGAGGGCAGUGAUUCUGAGUUUGAGGCUUCAGAUGAGGAGGACAGUCAUUUCUCUGAUGAGGAUUUUGAAACUGUCUGUAAGAAGCAGAAGAGAUCAUCAGGGCCCCAUAAAGCAAGGCUAGCAGUUGAAAAUAGCAGGAAAGCCAAGUCUUUGGAAUCAAAGGAGUUCAAAAAUUCGGGUGGAAAUGAGCAAUUGCUGGCAAAAGCAGCUUCUCCAGGCUCUUCUAAUAAACCAAAGAAGAGGAAUAAAAUAAUCUCAAGUGAUGAUGAUGAUGGGGAACAGGAGGCGGUCAAAGUGACAGGCACAGACCAGUGGUUGGAAAUCUUUGUUGAGCGGGAAGACAGAUGGGUGUGUGUGGACUGUGUUCAUGGCAUCGUUGAUCAGCCCUCCCUGUGUUUCAAAUAUGCCACCAAGCCUGUUUCCUAUAUUGUGGGGAUUGAUACCAAUGGGCAUGUAAAGGACAUAACACAAAGGUAUGAUCCCGCAUGGAUGACGUCGACAAGGAAAUAUCGUGUGGAUCCGCAGUGGUGGGAAGACACGCUGGAACUAUAUAGAAGCCCCUUUGUGGAAAGAGAAAAGAAGGAAGACAGGGAGUUUCUAGUUAAACUUCAAGACCGGCCGUUGCCAACCUCCAUUGGCGAGUAUAAAAAUCACCCUCUUUAUGCACUGAAGAGGCAUAUCCUGAAAUAUGAGGCCAUCUACCCUGAGACUGCUGCUAUCUUAGGAUACUGCAGAGGAGAGGCAGUCUAUGCCAGAGACUGUGUGCACACACUGCAUUCUCGGGACACCUGGCUGAAGCAAGCUCGAGUGGUAAGGAUUGGGGAAGUACCCUACAAGAUGGUGAAAGGAUUUUCCAACCAGGCAAGGAAAGCACGAAUGGCAGAGCCUUCGAACAGGGAGAAAGAGGAUUUGGCACUUUUUGGCCUGUGGCAGACAGAGGAGUACCAGCCUCCUGUGGCAGUGGAUGGAAGGGUUCCCCGGAAUGAAUAUGGAAAUGUGUAUCUUUUCCAGCCCUGUAUGUUACCAAUAGGCUGUGUACAGCUAAAACUUCCCAAUCUGCAUAGAGUGGCACGGAAACUGGAUAUUGACUGUGUUCAAGCCAUCACUGGAUUUGAUUUUCAUGGUGGCUACUCACACCCAGUUACUGAUGGCUACAUAGUCUGUGAAGAAUACAGAGAGGUGCUCAUUGCAGCUUGGGAGAAUGAACAGGCAGAGCUAGAAAAGAGGGAAAAGGAGAAAAGAGAAAAGAGAGCACUGGGGAACUGGAAAUUGCUGGCAAAAGGACUUCUCAUAAGAGAGAGACUGAAGCAACGAUACUGCAAAAAGAGUGAGGCAUCAGGAUCCAUAAUGGAGAACGGAGCUGGAUUCUCUUCUGAUGAAGAAGGGGAGCCAAGUUCAAAGACUCCAGCUGAAGAUGUGAUUGUUUCUUGGCCUCAGAAUCGGCAAGUGGAGGAACCAAGAAAAGAGAAAAAAGGUAGAAAGAGUAAGCGGGAAAAGAAAGGAGAAGCAGCACACUUGUUUCCCUUUGAGAAGUUGUGACUAUAACAGACUGCUUAAUCCUUUAUGUUCAGUUUCUUAAUGCAAGGGCAAAGUUAGUUUUAAAGAAACCAUCUUGUAAAUAAUUUCAGAGCUAGGAAAUGUUUUUCUACUAGUCACCUGUUUCGGUCUGAAUGUGUCAUAAAUGUAAAUAGAGCAGAGAGCAGAUAUGGAAUUAGAUUAAAAAUACAUUGCAACAGCAGCUUACCAGAUGGUGUGCUUUUAGCUCUCCAGUGUAUAUGCAUUUCUGGUGGUGAGAGGUGGACAUGCUGUGGUAUAAUCACAAGCCUUUCUCUCAAUCCAGCAUUAAGAAUUCUAUAAAGGUGAAACUGGAUUCAUUUUCUUAUUUCUUUUAGAUUCAUGGGUAACUGUUUAUCCUUUUUAUCUGUGGACUUUUGAGGAACAGAUUUAUAGCUAUAUCUUCUGAGAAAGGUGACCCUGUUGCAGCUGUUCUUCCUCUGACAAGUAUUGUCACCCCUCCAAUAAACCUAUUUCUGCAUCUCCUUCUCCUAGGUCUUAUUUACUGACAAACAGAAGAAUGUGUAGCUGCUACUUAGGAGACAAUGCUGUACUCUAUCAUUGGCCUGGAGAAAACUUGCUAUAGGUAGCUAAUCCAUAUUUUAAAUCAGUGAUGGAAUAAACUUUUAUUCCAAUUUGCAGUCCACCACAAAGCUAGAAAUACAAAGAAACAGGCAAUACCUCAUAGCUUGGCUGAACCGUAACAUUUGACUUUUUACUUUUCUGUCCUUGAUUUUUUUUUUCCUUUUCUCUCUCUAGAAAGGAUUGAUAAAAGUCUUCAAAUAAUUGGGGCACUGUUAUGUUGCAUUUUUCAAGGAUUCUUUUUAUCACCACCACCUUAGUUAAAAUAACUUUUCACAGUGGUCAAUGUCUGCACAUGGCAUAGGUUGGAUAAUGAAAGCAGACAAGGAACUUUCAGUUGGGAGCAGAAUUUGCAAAAGCACCAUUUCCAAAAGUAAAAAUCAUUGGACACUGUUGAGAUGGUUAUCCAUUGCCUAUAGCAAGUUUUAUUUCAUUAGUGAGACAGUACUGGGUUUGUAUUCUAAACAUUGUAAAGGAACACUUAAAUCCAUGCAAACUGUUUAUGGGGUUUUUUUAAAUGGAAAAUGUACUUGAUCUAGGCUGCAAUUAUAUUUUCAAAACUUUCAGUUGGGCCUAACUUCACUUAAAUUUCUCUAAGAAAAUUCCUAGUCACGGAGGGAAUAUUAUAAGCCUGAUGCUUCCUUGCCUUUUGCCAUGGGCUCAAACUCACUGUAAUUCUAGUAGAAAGAUUAAAAAUGCAAGGAAAAGUUUUAGUACUUAUGUAUAUUUAGAAAAAAAAAUUAUACUUAUUUUUUGGAAAAAAUAAAGUGUUUACAAAGGUCA